UGUUUCAUCAUAUUACAAGACAAAUCACUUUUAAUCACUCUUUAUAGGCUGCAUAAAACCAUGACAUAAAUCCAUAAGUCUCAUUCAUAAAAAUAAGUGUUGAUAAGGAAAUUUUGUUGACUCUUAUCUUUUCCUAUUAAAACCAUUGUUGUUUUUCAUAACCUCAACAAGAGCAUGGAGUUGAAUUUGAAGUCUUUUUCCUUUGAAAAACUUGAAGCUGAGCAUGAAGUUGAAGAAAAUAUGCACUUUCUAAAGUCACUUCAGGAGCUAAAAGAACUGAGGGCUCAGCUUCACCAUGCUGCAGAUUAUUGUGAAACAACAUUCUUGAAAAGUGAAGGGAAGAAAGAUGUGAUGGAAAAUACAAAAGAAUAUAUAUGCAGGGCUAUGGUAACUGUGGUUGAUCAUCUUGGAAAUGUCUCAUCCAAUCUUGAAGGCCUUAUUUCUCACACAAAUUCAUUUUCUGAGGCUGAGAUAAGAAUUCAGUCCCUCAAACAAAGACUUUUUUCAUGUGGACAAUAUGCUGAUAAGCUUGCUCUCUCAAAUAUGCAAUGGAGGGAGAAACCAACAAGAUUUCAUACUCGAUAUUCGUCGUCGCGUAAUAUUUCAUCUCCUAUACUUGAGAGAUCAAGCACUGAAAAAUUAAGUGAUUCAAAAAGUGAAGUUACUUUAAGAAAAGAAGAUAAACAUACACAAAAGGAUUUGCCACUUUAUAUGUACAGUCAUAAGUCAUGUGAAGCUAAGAAUUUGAAGCCAGCUACUACUACAACUAACAAGCACAACAAUUUAGCCUUUGUGAUGCCUGUUCGCGACGGUUUGUCAGUGUUAGCAAAAGUUUCAAGUCCUAAAUUUCAUUUCCAAGGUUCUCCAAAGGUUGCGCGACAUAGAAGAUCUUUGCAUGGAAGUGAUAUUUUAUGGCUCAUGAGGCGAUCUAAACGAACGCAAUGAAAAAUUUGAGAGAAUCUCUACACUGUAUCUAUUUACAUAUGAAUCUCAUCUUGAAUAUCAAUUCAUUCUGAUAAAUAUCGAUUCAUUCUAAUGAAUCACUCUUUAAAUUUAGUGUAGUCCACCACAUUUUUUGUCAACUUUGUAUAACCAACUAUUUUUCUUUUGGCAUUUGAUGAAGUUUAUUUAUGAUA